AUGCUUCUGAAAAGUUCAAGUUUAGAGAGCAUUAAACUCCUGGACUGGGAAAAGGAACAUGGUCGUAUCCCUGACCGCGCCGCCGUUGUCUUCCACUUUGACUGGUCCAAGAAAUUCCUUCAACCUCAGGAGUACGCCGGCUCUAAGGAUAUAGGGAACCUUUUUUCUUUCAGACACCCUGCAGUGAGCGAGGCAGCCGGGAUGUGGCUAGCUGAUGAGCGAAACAUCAAAAUGAUCGCCACCGACACGUUAACCCCUGACCCCCUGGGGCUGACCAAAAGGCAGAUCACAACUUUGCCGAUCCACGUGAGGUACUCUAAAGAGAAACGUCUGAUUGUGGAGAAUCUUAAGGACACAGGAAAACUCCCACCCCGCGGGUUCCGACUGUUCGCCGUCCCCUACAAGUUCGACGGAGCCUCUGGCGCCCCAACAAGGACUUUUGCCAUCACCCACGACGAGUUGGGCACUGGUGGAGCUUCCGUUCUGUCGGCCUCCCUCUUUGGCGUUUUCCUCUCUGUCUGGACGCUGUACUUGUUAAUACACUGAAAUACUUUUUAGUGUUCGUAUGCAUGUGACCCAGAGGGAGAGAAUUAGCUAUCAUAAAUAAGAGAACACAAUACAUCUUUUUUUUAAAUAUUACGUUAAAAUAUUAAAGUUUUACAGCUUUUCUGAGACCUGUAUUCUUUCAUUUUGGCUCCGGUGUUUGUUCCAGGAUUUUACAUCGUAAACAUUGUAAGACUACAGACAAAAAUUAAUCUGGUGGUGUCCAAAACCAUAGUUCUUGGCUUCAAAUUCCCACUAUGCAACAUAAUAAUGACAUAAAAAGAUGGAAUUUAAUUUAAGCUGUCAAAUCGACUUUAUUCUAUACCAUCGUAUGCAUGUGAUCUAGCUUGUUAUUUUUCAUAUACAAGAGUUGCAUGUUAUACGCGCCAAGCUGUCUUUCUUAGACGGUUUUGUCGUUGUUGUUAUUGUAGUUGUUUUUUUUUUUUAACAUUCGUUGUAUCAUUUGUCUUUACUGUUGCCCAUGUUGAAGACAUUAACGUGUUCCAAGAGGAAACCCGGUGAACAAUAAAUCACAGUCUAAACUCAUCA